AUGCCUUACCUUGUACACACGGCCCACGCUCAGUUUGUGGGUCUUUGCCUUGGUACAGUUGGUUGGAUACUCAUCAUAGUGACCAUCGGACUGGUGGAGUGGAGGGUUUGGGAAGUGUCCGAUCUGUCGGUUAUCAGCUCCGGGUUGGCUUGGGUCGGCAUCUGGAGAGUAUGUUUUUACAGUCAUGCUCCAAUCUUAUCUGGAAGAGAAAUAAUGUUUUGCCAAAGAAUUAGUUUAAAAGAAUCAUUCCCGCCACCUGAGAUAGUUGCGGCGCAGGUGCUCAUGAUAGUGUCUUUUAUUUUAGGGCUGAUGGGUAAUGCCAGCGUUGUUUACGGCCUCAGGAAUAUUUACUUUGGACUGAGCAAAUUCAAACCCAUCAGAAUUGCUUUUUGUGCUGGUGGUGUUUUGUAUAUUCUCACUGGAGUUACUACAAUGGUUCCCGUUUUUUGGAAUCUCAGUUCAAUUGUGAACAACCAGACCAUCGAUUUCCCUUCAACAUUUCGAAUGCCUUCUGCUCCUGUAAACCAGUAUGUUGGACCAGGUAUCGCUGUUGGGAUUUUCGCAUCUGCCCUGGUGGUUUGUAGCGGAGUGGUCUUUCUAUCCUACAGGCUUCCAGUUGUGUUGGAGCCCAAAGUGAGUCCGUCCAGGCCUGGGGAAGGAUGCUUGGAAAAAAACAGCCAGGAAAUUGACAAUCCAGCUUUCUUAACUCAAGAGAACUGCUGA